AUGACCAGGCUUGAAAAUUUGUAUUACGAUCCAGCGCACUAUGCGGGGUAUUCGGCAUCGGAUAACUUGUCGCGUGCCGCUAAACCGAAUUUCUCUCGUAAAGAAGUAGCUUGCUGGCUCGAAUCGCAAGACGCGUACACGCUGCACCGUCCGUCGAGACGAAAAUUUCCGCGAUUGCGUUACAACGUGACGAAUAUCGACGAUCUGUGGGAGGAUGAUUUGAUCGAACUCUGUAAUCUCAAAAGUUACAAUGACGGAUUUUCUUAUCUUCUCGUGAUUAUCGACGUACUUAGUAAAUUUGUCUGGGUAGAACCGCUGCGGGAUAAAACGAGCAAUUGCGUGACAAGCGCCUUCCAAAAUAUUCUCUCGAGAAGCGAUGGUCGAGUACCCGUGUACUUGCAAACCGACAAGGGUAAAGAAUUUAUUGCGCGACCGAUGCAAGAUUUUUUAAAAGAAAGAGGCAUACGUUAUCGAGUAACUCGCAAUCCGGCGGUCAAAGCCGCCGUCGUUGAACGCUUCACUAGAACGUUAAAGGAGCGAAUGUGGCGCUAUUUUACACAUAAAAAUACGCGGCGUUACAUCGAAGUGCUGCAAGAUAUCGUGCGCGCUUACAAUCACACUCGUCAUUCGUCCAUCAGGAUGCAACCGGCGAUCGUUACGAGAGAAAAUGUUUGCAUCGCACGCGAAAAUAUGGAGCGGCGUAGAGGCGCUGGAGAGAAGGCGGCGUCGAAAGUAGUAGAACAAAAGGCUAAAUUCGAUGUUAACGAUCUUGUUCGCGUCAGUAGAGCAAAAGCCACUUUCGAGAAAGGAUACGAAGCGCGGUGGAGCGAGGAAUAUUUCGAGUUUGUCGCGUUCUUCAUUGGCGAAGACCCCGCGUGUACGAAUUGUGCGACUUAUCGGGUGAACACAUCGAUGGGAUUUUUUAUGAACAAGAAUUAG